AUGGACGAGUACGAGAGUCUUGGGCACUGCAAACAAGUGAACGUUAGUGAAGAUCCAUCAGGUAUCAUGAAGUGGUACUUACCUCAUCAUGCUGUGCUGCGGCCAUCGAAUACUACCACUAAGUGCCGUGUGGUGUUCGAUGCAUCGGCGAAGGUAUCUGGACGGUCGCUCAACGAUGUAAUGAAGAUUGGCGCCAUCAUUCAAAGCAAUCUGCAAUCCAUCUCUCUUCGAUUCCGUCUCCCGCUCCAUGUGUUGGCUACUGACGUGGCCAAAAUGUACGGACAAGUCUUCAUCGAUCGGUGGCAUACGCCGCUAACUCGUGUGUUCUGGAGGAAAACUCCUUCCGAACCGCUUCGUGUACUAGAGCUGACAACAGUCACCUACGGUACGGCUUCCGCCCCGUUUUUGGCAACGUGGGCACUCUUGCAAUUUGCUGUCGACGAAGGCUUCAAGUAUCCUGUGGCUGCUGACAUCGUGAAGAAUAGUUACUACGUGGACAACGCAUUGUUUGGGUUUGACGACCUGAAUGAAGCAAGCGAGGCUCAAAUGCAGUUGAUUGGCCUGCUUCAGGCCGGUGGAUUCCAUCUGCAUAAGUGGGCUUCCAAUAAUCCUACGUUGCUGGAGCGGAUUCCGGAAAGUGAUCGGGAUGAGCUGCUCAGCAUCGACGAAAGUGGUUCAAGUGAAGUGAUUAAAACGUUGGGACUAAUGUGGAACCCAACUUUGGAUGCUCUGCAGUUCAUUUCCAUUCCAACAGUGUGUGAAGAUAGUGCAACAAAGCGACAAGUGCUGUCGCUCAUAUCAAGAAUGUUUGACCCCUUGGGUCUUGUGGCGCCGGUCAUCGUUAUCGGUAAACUUUUGAUGAAGAGCAUUUGGAAAGAAGAGUUGGUAUGGGACGAAGAGCUCUCAGGAGAGCUGAAGAAAAAACAAUCAAGUGGUGCUAGCUUGGCUAGCGAAGAACCCGGAACAUUUGGAAGUGUUUGUGUGAAACCGGCCAAUGUAGUGUCGCGCGGCCAGUCUGCCGAAGCUCUUCAGAAGAACUAUCUUUGGUGGAAUGGUCCGUUGUUCCUGCGCAGUGAAGAAUAUCAGGUGGUGGUCCCUGAACCACUAUCCGAUGAAGAUGUUCCUGAGUUGCGGCAGGCCACUGUAGCUUCAGCGGUGGUGAUAUUGGAGAAGCUGCCUGUGUUCCACAAGUACGAGUCCUUCAGGAAGCUGCAGCGAGUUCUGGCAUACGUCUUGCGUUUUUGCCGGAAUGCUAAGGAGAAGACAGUCAACAAGCGAACCACCGAGCGUUUCCCCACCGUGUUCGAAAUGCGCCUAUCGUUGAAGGUCAUCGUCAGGGUGGUUCAAUCACUACACUUUGGUAAGGAGGUAGCCAUUAUGAAGUCCGUGAUUCGCCUCGGUGAACGGCUGCGACAUUCAAGUUUGCCGUACGGGGUGAAGCAUCAGUGGAUCUUACCUAAGAACGAUGAAACUGUCGAACGGUUGAUUCGAGCUGUACAUCGUAAGAAUCUGCACAUCGGACCGUCGGCACUUCUGGCACAGCUCCGCCGGCAAUUUUGGAUUCUGGGAGCCCGUUAUGCUGUACGCAAGGUAACAAGAAAUUGCGUGCGGUGUUUCCGGCUCAACCCUCCGUGUGCUAAUCAGUUCAUGGGGGAUCUUCCCAUCGCAAGGUGCGACAAGGCUCCCGCUUUCGUGAAGGUUGGCGUUGACUUUGCGGGACCCAUGCUCAUCAAGCAACGAGGAAGAAAGGCGCCUCCCCUAAAGGGAUAUGUCAGCGUGUUCGUGUGUAUGGUCACCAAGGGCAUUCAUCUGGAGGUAGUUGAGGAUCUCUCGGCCGAUGCGUUCAUCGCCGCCUUCCAGCGAUUUAUCUCUCGCCGGGGUGUCCCUGAGCAGAUAUUCUCAGACAAUGGGACAAACUUUGAAGUUACCGAGCUCAAGAUUUUCGAGUUCUACCAGGCCCGGCAGAUCGAAUGGAAGAUGAUUCCCCCGAACGCCCCACACAUGGAUCGAAGCUCAGCUCAAUUCUCGGCUGAGGAGUCUGAGGACUCCUCGGAGCUCGAGCCGUUAACUCCCGGUAAUUUCAUGAUCGAUCGCCCUCUGACUGCCAUUCCGGAGCCCAGCUACGAUGGAAUCCCGGAAAAUCGGCUCUCCAGAUCGCAGUACGUCCAGCGCCUACGUCAGGAGUUCUGGAAGCGCUGGUCCGAAGAGUACCUGCUGGAAUUACAGGUACGACAGGGUAAAAUCGAAGCAGCCUACACUGGAGCAGAUGGAUUGGUCCGUGAGAUGGACGUUCGAACCAAGGCCGGUAUUCUGAAGCGUCCGAUCCACAAACUGGCCCCUCUACCUAUACUGGACAACCGUGUGGCCAACGAGAACAAGGGUCCCGCGGGGGAGGAUCUGCAGCCUGCUGAGGUGCGCGAUUCCAGCAGCACACAGCUGCGCGAAAGACAGCAUGUGAUGCAAGCAGCCGCACGAAAGGAUCACGCGAAGGAAGAGUGGGCGCAAAAGGAGGAAAAUUCCUAUCCUCAGGAAAAAUUUAUUGUUCGCCGUACGUUCGACUUGUUAAGACGUGUGUCGUAG